AUAUCGAUAUCAAAUCCGUGAACCACCCCUGCAGCGGUGUUAGACGACUCGUCGAGCAGGAAAGCCUCUUCCAUCCGGCUAUGACCUCAGGUCCACCAGUCGGUCAGGAUGGCCACGAGACGGGUCUGCAGAUGCCCCGGAUGAUGUAUGGCACAGCCUGGAAGAAGGAGAGAACCGCCGAGCUCGUCUAUCUAGCUAUCAAAUCUGGCUUCCGAGGCAUCGACACCGCCGCCAUGGGCAAACAUUACCGAGAAGACUUGGCUGGCGAAGGUAUACGGAGGGCAAUCGGGGAGGGCAUAGUGAGGCGUCAGGAUAUCUACAUCCAAACAAAAUUCACCCCAGUCGAGGACCCCCAGACCGCCGCCGACAGCCAAGUCCCCUACGAUCCCACCUCCCCACUAGCCACCCAGAUCCGCGACUCGGUCUCCUCGUCGCUCCGCAAUCUCGCCACCAUCCCGGGCAGCCCGGACCCGCCCUACCUCGACAGCCUAGUCCUGCACUCCCCGCUCCGCACCGCCGCCGCCACCCGCGCCGCCUGGCUCGCCCUGCAGCCCCUGGUCCCGCACACCAUCCGCUCCCUGGGCAUCAGCAACGUCGACGCCGCCAUCCUCGAGGAGCUGUGGCCGCCCGCCCCUCCCGGGCAGCCACCACCACCACCCCUGCUGCCCCUCCCGUCCGUCGUCCAGAACCGCUUCCACAGGCGACAGGGCCGCUGGGACGAGCGGGUGCGGGCCUUCUGCCGGCGCAGCGCCGGCGGCGCCGCCACGUACCAGGCUUUCUGGAUCCUCACGGCGAACCGGGAGCUCUGGCAGGAAGGGGGGGUUGCGGCCGGCGGUCCGGGUCCGGGUCCGGCCGAGUUCGUCGCGGCGGUGGCUCGCGGGGCCGGUGGCGGGGUGAGCACCGCGGCGGCGCUGUACGCGCUCGUGCUCGCGCUGGACGUGGCGGUGCUGGACGGGACGACGAGCGUGGAGCACAUGGCUGAGGACCUGGGCGGCGUCGAGAGGGUCGCUGUGUGGCGGCGGACGGAGGCGGGCAGGGCGGUUUUUGACAAGUGUUUGGCGGCGUUUGAAGAGUGGAUCUCGUCUGGGGCUCGUGGGUAAUGAAGAACUUCAUGUCUGUAUGACAGAAGAGCGCCUUAUUACUGUAUGGCACUGUCGAGUUAUUGUAUAUCCCGACGGGAUCUGUCACUGCAGCGGUGUCUAAUCGGAUUGAGGGUCAUUUUCUGGUUUCAACGCUCUUUAAGCUGCCAUGCUGACUAGAACGAUGUGUCUACUCUUAUGCGAGAUACUGCGUUUUUCAAUCCGCGACCCGACCUAACUAAGCAGGGCGACGUCCGUAAUGCG